AUGACUUCACAAAAUAGCAUAACUGAGUCUGGAGGGAGAUACCUUCGGGAUGGUUUGUGGCAACAUGGCCGUUUUUACGGCUCCUGGAAGCCUGGCAAAUACCUGUUCCCUAUUGAUUCAGAAGAGUUGAACCGGUUGGAUAUAUUCCAUAAAGUAUUUCUUCUCGCCCGAGGUAAUAAGCCAUUCCAGGCUCCCAUCAGACGGCAAUCGCCCAGAAUUAUGGAUCUUGGUACGGGGACGGGUAUCUGGGCGAUCAACGUCGCAGAAGAGUUUGUUCACCCUCUGGAGAAUGUCACUGGCCGUCAAAUUCAACCAGCACUAAUCCCCCCAGGAGUACUGCCCACACAAUAUGACAUUGAAGAGCCGACAUGGGGCCCGUUGUUGGCAGACUGUGAUCUGAUACAUCUCCGGAUGCUUUUGGGAAGUGUUCGAACAGAAUUAUGGCCUCAGCUCUAUCGCAAAAUCUUUGAGCACUUGGCUCCAGGUGUUGGUCACCUGGAACACAUUGAAAUUGACUGGACGCCUCGAUGUGAUGACGAUGAGCGGCCUGCAAAUUCCGCAUUCGAGCGGUGGGCAGAACUCUUUCAUGAAGGUAUGGAGCGUUUUAAUCGCAAUGCCAGAGUCAUACCGCAACAAACCCGGCAAUUGCUUGAAACCGCAGGUUUCACUGAUUUGAGGCAUGAGGUAAUCCAGGCAUAUGUCUGCCCCUGGUCUCCUGACCGACAUGAGCGGGAAAUUGCUAGAUGGUUCAAUAUUGGACUUUCCCAUAGCUUGGAAGCCUUGAGCCUAAAACCUCUCAUCGAGGAGUUGGACUUCACGGCAGAGGAGGUUCGCGAGCUAUGCACAAGAGCGAAGCGUGAGACGUGUGUUCUACGCUAUCACACUUACUGUAAUAUACAUGUCUGGACGGCAAGGAAGCCUGGACCGACACAGUAA